UCUUCGCUUUGCUUUACUCUCAUCAACUUUUUUUUCCCCUCUUCUUCUCCAUUCCAAAACCACCUUGCUUGGUCUCCUCCGUCGUCACCUCCUCGCCGGGAGCAGCACCCUUCAUCCACCGGCGACCGCCCGCCCGCCCGCCGCCUCGAAGCCAAGGAAGUUCACUCGUGCACCUCCCUCUUCGCCGGUUCCCUCCGGUUGACUGCACUUGGGCGUUGGCGUGCAGUGGGGAUCCACCGGGAGACCUGCGGUGAUUCCCUUUCGUUAGUAAGGAAGCCCUACGCUGUUUGAAUUGUUGUUCUUCCGGGAGUCUGAGUUGUUUACUGGCGGGUUUCUUCGUCUAUGCGAGCAAUCCAUUAGGAUCGGUGUACCUCAAAUGACUAGGGUGAUCCAUGAUUCUGGAGAAAGCAUACAGAAGGAGGCACUUGCUAUGGUAUCCUCUGAUGUCAACUUCCCCAAAGGCCAUUUCCCAGACUACAAGAUUGGGCCAAACAACCAAAUCAUAGAUCCAGAGGAGACACAAGAGGCUGUGCCUUUAAAGGAGAUUGUUGCGAAGGAAACGGCUCAGCUGCUAGAGCAGCGAAGGCGGCUUUCGGUGCGUGACCUGAAGGAAAAGUUUGAGAAGGGUCUAUCUGGUGCAUCAAAGCUGUCUGAAGAGGCUAAGCGCCGAGAAGCAGCUUCAUUGGACAGGCAGGUUCUUCUGAAGAAGCUCAGAGAUGUUUUAGAUACUCUGAAAGGCCGUGUAGCUGGUCGAAAUAGAGACGAUGCAGAUGAAGCUAUUUCACUGGUGGAAGCAUUAGCAGUCCAGCUGACCCAAAGAGAAGGGGAGUUAAUAUAUGAAAAGGCUGAAGUAAAAAAGUUAGCUAGCUUCCUCAAGCAGGCUACUGAAGAUGCCCGAAAGGUGGCUGAGGAGGAAAGGGCUCUUGCAUUAGCGGAAAUUGAAAAGGCCAGAGCUGCAAUUGCGAAAGUUGAGAAAGGAUUGCAGGAGCAUGAUGCAGCAUCAAGUAGCAGGGAGAAGGAGGAGAUAGAGGGACUCAAGAAAGAGGUCCGUGAGGCUAGAAGAAUAAAAAUGCUACACCAGCCAAGCAAGGUAAUGGACAUGGAAUUUGAACUUAAGGCACUGCGAACUCUGAUUGCAGAGAAAAAUCAGCUUUACAAUCAGCUAAUGAAAGAGCUUGCAAUGAUCAAGAGGCUAGAAGAAGAUGGCUCUGACCUCUUUGAACUUGAAGGUUCUGAUACCCUGGGAUCACAGUUUUGUAUUAUCCCUCGAUUUGAUGACAUCACAAGCUGCCCAAUUCAGUGGUAUCGUGUAAUUUCUGGAGGCAAUAGAAACCUUAUAUUAGGAGCAACAAAACCUACAUAUGCUCCAGAACCAUUUGAUGUUGGUCGAUUGUUACAGACAGAUAUACUUUUGAAUUCGGAGAAGGUUACUAUACAGACAAUGGGUCCUAUAAAUCCUGCUGCAGGACUGGAACGCUAUGUGGACUCUCUAAUGAAAAGAACAGAUGUGGAGUUCAAUGUGGUUGUCACCCAAAUGAAUGGGAAUGAUUACUCAUCAAACUCUGUCCAUGCAUUUCAUAUCGGAAAAAUGAGAAUAAAGCUUCGGAAAGGAUGGUCUACAAAAGCAAGAGAGUCGUACUCGACCACAAUGAAGUUGUGCGGGAGCCGUGGUGGGGGUAAUGCUGCAGCUACGGCAGUUUUCUGGCAGGCAAGGAAAGGCCUGUCCUACACCUUAGCUUUUGAAACUGACAGGGAUAGGAACGCAGCAAUUAUGCUUGCACGAAAAUUUGCUGCAAAUUGCAAUAUAUCGCUCACUGGUCCAGGUGAUGAACUGCAUGCUAGUAGCUGAUGAAAAGUGUUCACGGUGUAACAGCAGGACAUAUACACGUAGGUUGUGAAUUGUUUUCUGGUCUGUUUGUAUUUGAGAGUAGAGGUUGUACCCGAGGCUUUCUCCUUUCAACAUACAUUUUCAAGGCAUUGUUUUUAUUUGCCUGCCAGCAGCUGUUUGUGGUGUUCAUCAAACAUGCUGUGCAAAAUGGUGAUUAUUCUUGAGUAUCGUAUCUGUAAGACUGUAACGUUUGAAAAGUGAACUUGAUCUUAGUGUAGUUUGCUUAGAAGAAGCUUCCCUCAAGUAAUCAAGAAAUGUACAUAUAACCACUUCCAUCUAUGAUGUGUGACUGGUCGCAUGAAGAUAUUGUUGGCCGUGUUCUAUUUGAGGGAGCAACUAUUAUUUUAUC